AUGACGUCCGAUUCCUCCCUGACGAGAUUAGAUGGCCCCUCAUCGGUAGAGGCAACUCCCGACGUCGUAGAAGAGCAUAUCCGAUGUACGCAGGACUGGGGCGCUAUUGAAGCUACAAACACACAACGUGUGAGAUCUCACCUUGGAAUUCAUAUUCAAUCUCUUCUCGAGAUAAUUCAAGAGGAAUGUAGAAACCGUGACUGGUUGAUCGAAUACGCACGAUUGGCAGAACGGCAGGUUAUGCGAAAGCGAAAUUAUGGCUACGAUCUCAGUACGGCUACAGUUGCUAAUUAA